AUGAGAAGCAUGGCUGAGCUGGCAGGAGAAUUAUCAACAAUGGCUGGAGCCAAUAUUGCGAAUAACGAACGAGAUAUACAAAAAUCAGUGGCGCCACCAAAACAAGACUUCAAUCUCAACGCAAAACCUUCUCAAAUGAUUGGUGGUGCUCUUUCCAAUCUAGCCUAUCAAAGUCGCAACUCGUUCAUUGAAACUCUCGACAAAAUCGAGAAGUCGCAAAAAGGAAACAUCUCGACGCCUACUUCGCCGGAUGCCGAGGCGCCGCAAUUAAAUGGAGAAGUUUCGGGAAGAGAUAUUCUCGGAGUGCAAGAUUACAAAAAGCAUCGACAGAGCAAGACGAUUCGCUACGCCGAGGCAUCGCCAUCCGUCGAUGAAUCACAGACACCUCAAGCUGCCGAGGUCAACCCUGUCCCAUCCGCAGCUGCUGCUUCUUCUGUUUCUGCUUCUGCAGCAGCAGCAGAAGCAUCCGAAGGAACUGCUCCAGUGGCAAGGCAAGGCAAUGCUUUAGAAAAUAAUCCAUUCAUGGCAAUAGCUAAACGAUUCUUACAAAUGGGAACAGGGAAUAACGGAGGAAACAAUGAACCGCUUCCGCAACUCGGAAUUCGCGACUUCGUCUCCGGUUCUGACAACAAUUUUGGUCUUCCUCAUGGAAAAGGAUGUUUGCCGUUCAUUUCGGAAUUCAUGCAAAUUGCAUACGGAAACUGUCAAGACGUCGCUGAUGAGAAGACGUUCGACGCUUGGGGCGACGAAUUGCGUCGCGCCAUCCUUCACGGGGAAAUCGAUUUGCUCAAGGCUAGUCAGGAGACAUGUAGACGCGGCGCGGAACGCCAACAAUGCGACGCACUUCGAGACGCGGUGGCCAAUUGUGACGUGAUGGCCAGUCUUGAGAUCGGCUCGCAACUACAGCGGGCGAUGAAGCGAUGUGAAGACAUUUCAGGAAUCAUUGAUCAGAAUCCGGCGGCCGUUCUCGGCCAAUUGAAUAAUUUGAUUAGCGGAGAAGUUGCUCAAGGGUUUUUGAACAAUUUUUUGAAAAAUGGUUAA